AUGAUGUGUUUCACGCAGCUCGCCCUCCUCGCCUUGACCGCUGGCCUGGCUACUGUCGAUGCACAAACGCCGACUGGAAAAACCACCCGGUACUGGGACUGUUGCAAAGGUUCUUGCGGUUGGGCUGGCAAAGCGGCCGUGAACAUGCCCAUCCAGAGCUGCGAUAAGGAGGACAACCCGCUCACUGACAUGGCCGCGAAGAGCGGAUGUGAGAGUGGCGGUCAAGCAUACAUGUGCACCAACCAGAGCCCAUGGGCUGUGGAUGACAAUCUGGCGUACGGCUUCGCUGCAGCGAAGCUUGCUGGUGGCACCGAGGCUUCCUGGUGCUGCGCUUGUUACGAGUUGACCUUUACUUCCGGUCCUGUCAACGGCAAGAAGAUGAUCGUCCAGACAACCAACACUGGGGGUGACCUUGGCGACAAUCAUUUCGAUCUCGCUAUACCCGGUGGCGGUGUCGGCCUCUUCAACGCAUGUACCAACCAGUGGGGAGCACCGCCUCAGGGCUGGGGCCAGCAAUAUGGCGGGAUCUCGUCGCGCUCGGAAUGUGACAGCUUCCCGGCGCACCUCCGGGCAGGAUGCUAUUGGAGGUUUGAUUGGUUUAAGAACGCGGACAACCCGAGCGUAUCGUUCAGGGAGGUCACCUGUCCCAAGGCUCUCACAGAUAAAAGUGGUUGUAUCCGCGAUGGCCAGGUGCCCACCUGA